GAGGCGGGACUAAUGCUACGUUUUUCCUGUAAUUAUCGGUCACUUCCGGUAAGUGGCCCGGUAAACUUCCAUGAAGAGCAGAGGAGAUGGGGAUCGAGGUGGCGGUGGGCUCGAUCUGGGCAGCGCUGCUUGUUGGUCUCUGCUGCGCCAACUCUGUGGAGAGGAAGAUUUACAUCAACCUCAAUGCGACUGCGCCCUGCGUUCGUCUGAUGAAUGCCACCCACCAGAUCGGCUGUCAGUCCCCGCUUGGUGGUAGUACUGGAGUGAUCCACCUGGUCGAACACAGCUCGAACCUGAGCUGGGUCCUCAGUGACGGCCCCAACCCUCCGUACAUGGUUGUCUUGGAGAGUGCCAUGUUUACCCGAGACGUGAUGCUGAAACUGAAGCAGUCCAGUCGAGUAUCGGGAGUGGCUGCCAUCCUGCCGCCCUCGUCUGUCCCAGGACGUUUCUCCUUGGACCUGAAGUGCCCCAACGAUGGUUUUGGGGUGUAUUCCAAGGACUAUGGGCCUGAAUAUGCCCAUUGUAACGGGAUGGCGUGGAACCCCGAUGGCAGUGGGCUCUCAUACGAGGACUUCCCCUUCCCAGUCUUCAUGCUAAAGGACGAGAAUGAGACACAGGUCAUCCGGGAGUGUUACGAGGAGCACAAUCGGCCGCGGGACGGCGCCGCACCACAGUUCCCGCUCUGCGCCAUGCAGCUGUCAGCGCACAUGCACGGGGUGAGGGACACAGUGACGUGCAUGCGGCGCAGUGCCCAGCCCCUCUCCGCCACCUUCGGCAACGAGGGGGUCUGUGACCCGCUGGAGGACUACAACGUCUGGAUGACAAUUCGGCCCAUCAACAGAUCCGGCUCUGCUUCUCCGGAGGAUCGCUUUGUUGUCGCUGCGGCAAGGUUGGACAGUCGCUCCUUCUUCUGGGAAGUUGCCCCGGGCAGUGACAGCGCCAUCUCUGGAUUCACCGUGCUGUUGGCAGCCGCCGAAGCCCUUGCACGCAUCCCCGACGUCAAGUCUCUAACAAAGAACAUCAUGCUGCUCUUCUUCCAAGGGGAGACAUUUGAUUAUAUCGGCAGCUCUCGGAUGGUGUAUGAUAUGAUGAAGGGUAAAUUCCCUAUUCGGUUGGAGAACAUCGACUCCUUCCUAGAAUUAAAUCAGGUUGGCAUCGGAACAGCAUCAGAGAUCUGGGCACACACCGAUCCGGUGUCACUGCGCAAUACCACAGUGCACAGACAGGUUCAGGAGCUGCUAAGAUCCCUCUCAGGAAGCAAGAUGGGACUGAACAUCAGCAUCCAGCAGCCAAACCAGAGCCAGCCGCUACCUCCGUCGUCCUUCCAGAGGUUUCUGCGCGCCAGGAGCAUCCCUGGGGCCGUGCUCACUGACCACCAGGGCAGCUUCACCAACAGGUACUACCAGAGUGUUUAUGACUUGGCCGAAAACAUUGGACUGCAUUACCCAGAUGGUCUCACUCCUGAGGAAGCACUGAAUCACAUCACAGACACGGCAAAGUCCCUGGCCGAUGUGGCGACCCUGGUGGUGAGAACAUUGUAUCUACAGGCGGGAGGCAAUGGCAGCCUGGAGAACAUCACAGCCGACCCACAAACAGUGACCCGGAUGUUAUAUGGAUUUAUAAUCAAUUGGAAUAAUUCCUGGUUCCAAUCGAUCGUCAGCCAGGACAAGAAAGACGUUUUUAAAAAACAGGACCACAUCUCCUACUAUGUCUCAGUGAAUGAGCCCACUUUCUCGACGGGACUGGUGCAGAUCGUCCUCACCAACCUGACUGGAUACCUCACCAAUCUCACCGAGGAGCAGUGCCGGCACGCUGACAAGAGGGCUGAUCCCAGCACCGAAUUCUUCAAUUACGUCUGGGUGCAGGGCUGGCGAGCAGAGAACGCGAGUGAGCCCACCCCGCGCUGUGUGCGCAACCACGUCUGGCUGGCACAAGCCCGCUCACCGGCCUUUGAGCUGCGUGACUGGGCUUCCACUGAGUACUCCACCUGGACGGAGAGCCGCUGGCAGAAGAUUGGUGCCCGCAUCUUCCUGGUGGCCAGCCGGGAGCUGGAGAUCAUCACGCUGGUGACCGGCAUUGCUGUGCUCCUCGUUUCAAUGGUGCUCAUCUACUUCCUCAAUGCCAAGUCCAAUGAGCUCUUCUCUGGACCCCGGGAGCAGAGCUCAGUCACCUACUGAUCGAGGGCAGGGAGGGGAACAGGCAGAAUAGUGAAGAGAGUGAGGAGGGAGUUGUUGUAAUGGUGCGGGGUGGGUGGGUGUAUGAGGGAGAGCGUGGGUGUGUGUGAGCGCAGAGAGGGAGAGAAUGAUGAAGAGAGUGAGGGAGGGAGUCAUUGUAAUGGUGGGAAAGUGAGUGAGAGGUGAGAAUUGACUAUUAUUGGCGGGAAGAUGGGGAUGGCAAUAGGGGGAAGAUUGGUGACUUAAGAAAACAUUACUAUAGCUGUGUUGGGUAUGUUAUGUCUUCCUGGAGAUUGGUGGAGGCAGGGAUGGGACAAAAUUUGGCAUCUAGCAGCUCCAGGUUGAGAGCAUUGCUCACUGUUGCAAGAUGGCUGCCCCCCCCCCCCCCACCCCUCCGAGCACACACAAAUCAAAAGGAAUCCAUCUUGAGGAAUGGUGAGCUCAGAAUGGUUGCCACCCCACUUAGGAAUGCCGAAAUCAAAAGGGGCCCCAUCCUGAGGAAUGCCCUGCUCAGAAUGGUAACCCCCCCCCCCCACCCCGAGGAAUGCAGAAAUCAAACAGGGCAUCAACAUUGGGACCACCCCACUUAACGGCUGCUGCCCCAGAGAGGGUGCAGAUGAAAAUGGGGUCACUACUCCCACCAGCCAUGGAAGGGCACUGUGGGUUGCCCUCUCACACAUGGGAUAAUGGAUGACAGGGAUCAUUGGAGAUAUUCAGUGAGAAGCGAUCAAACUUUGCUCUUCAAAGUUUCACAGAGUGUGCUGGGCAGAUUGCCAGUCCUGAGGUUCACAGCAUAUCAUGAGAGACUGUGUUCUGAUGUCUUAAUAGUGGAAAUAAAGAUAACAAUUGAUCUCCAA